GCGUUGAAGGAAGGAAGUCCCUGUCCCUCCCUCCCAUCCCACUCCUACCUUUCUUCUCUCUUUCUUUCUUCAACCAACUUACUUUCUCUUGAUUCCUCUUUCACACAAUAAAUUUGUCUUUUUUCUUCUUAUGAACUUCACUUUCUGCUUUCGCUUCCUUCCAAAAUGAAGGCUUUCAAUUCUGUAACUGGUUUUGUCUUGCCAGACUUGAAGAAUAGGUUCUUCCUUUGGAGUUUCCUCAUUGUGGUUUCUUUAAUUUGUGGUGCUUAUGUGGUUGGUAAUGCAUCCUUUGCAAAGGAAUACAAACAAAGAUUAGCACGAUGGGGACUAAUUUAUUCACUGCCAGUUACAAAAUCCAAUGCAUGCAAGAAACAUUGCUGGCCUUCUGGAACUGAAGCAUUGCCUAAAGGAAUUGUUGCUAGAACAUCUAGCUUCGAAAUGCGGCCCUUAUGGGACUCUGGUAUAAAUCAUAGAAUUUCAAAGCACCCAUUGAACUUGUUGGCUAUUGCAGUGGGGAUAAAGCAGAAAGAAAUUGUCAAUAAAAUAGUUGAAAAGUUCCCAUCAAGUGAUUUUGUGGUAAUGCUUUUUCAUUAUGAUGGUUUUGUGGAUGGAUGGAAGAACUUAGCUUGGAGUAAGCACGCCAUACAUGUGUCUGCUAUCAAUCAAACAAAAUGGUGGUUUGCAAAACGGUUUUUGCAUCCAGACAUAGUUGCUGACUACAAUUAUAUAUUUCUCUGGGACGAGGACCUUCUUAUUGAUAAUUUUGACCCAAAAAGGUAUGUAUCCAUUGUUAAAGAAGAGGGACUAGAGAUAUCACAGCCUGCAUUGGAUCCUGUUAAAUCAGAAGUACAUCAUCCACUGACUGUUCGUAAAGCAGGAUCAAAAGUGCACAGAAGGUAUUAUAAGUUUAAAGGUGGUGGAAGGUGUGAUGACAAUAGUACUGCCCCUCCUUGCACAGGUUGGGUGGAAAUGAUGGCGCCAGUGUUUUCCAGAAAAUCAUGGCAAUGUGUAUGGCAUUUGAUCCAGAAUGACUUAAUCCAUGCGUGGGGCCUCGAUAGGCAGCUUGGUUAUUGUGCACUGGGCAAUCGAAUGAAAAAUGUUGGUGUGGUGGAUUCUGAGUAUAUAGUUCAUCUGGGUCUGCCUACUCUUGGGAGCUCUAAUGACAAUGAGACGCUGUCAGAUUCCCACAAAGAUAAUUCCAGAGUUAAAGUUAGGAUGCAGUCAUACAUUGAAAUGCAGGUUUUUGGGAAAAGAUGGAAAGAAGCAGCAAACAAGGACAAAUGUUGGAGUGAUCCGUAUGGACAAGUGGCAAACCAGACUAGCCAUUAUUGAGUGUAUUUUGUGAGGUUUCCAGGUUCGUAGUCAACAAAUUGACUCGAGCAACAUAGUAUAAUAUCAAGUUCUGGUGAACAGAACGUAUGAUUGGUCUCCAGUCUUCUUUUCUGCCUUUGAUUUGAUAUCUCAACAGGAGUUUAUAGGAUCAUUGUCGUUUGCCAUUAUUGGAGGAUAUUUUGUACCUUCAUUUUGUGAUUGAGUCAUUUCUUCCCUUAGGUGCAGGUGUUGGUGUACACAGAGUGGUGCGGAGCUGUUCAUAUGACGACAGAAAAAUGUUUAGAUUUUUAUAUUAUACCCUUUGAAGGUCACUGUAAAUAAGUUAAGUUACAUUACAUAUAUACAUGGCUCAACAGUCUCAAAUGCUAUUCUUCGGAUGACUAAAUAUAUGCUCGAUACAUCUUAUAUUAUUGUUGGUA